AUGGAAUAUGAGCGCAGAGCAGCGGUAGUAGCUUCUUUUCGCGUCGGGAAGAAUCCUGCUGAAGUGAUGGCCUGGUUUGUGUUCAAGAGGACCAUGGUCAUGGGCAUUUGGAGGAAGUGGACGGCGUGUGAGAACAAGGACGAGUUUACUGCCAAACGAAAGGCCCACAACGUUUGUUCUUCGGCCGUUAGGACCGACGAGUUCGUCGCCGCCGUCAAGGAGACAGUCGACAAUGAUGGAAGCCAAAGCUACGCCAAGAUCGCAGCUGUCAUGGGCUGUCACAAGUUGGCGAUCUACCGAACGAUCAAGAAGGACAUUGGUUACUCCUCCUAUCGCAAGUCUCACCGCAUACUCAUCACGAAUGCCUCCAAGGAGUCGAGGAAGGUCAAGGCGACGGCUUUGCUGAAUGAGCUCAAGCACGGGUCCGCCGGGAUGCUGAGGUUCUGGUCCGGGAUGAAAAGAAUUUCAUCCAGGACCAGACGAACAACAGGCAGAACGACAGGUGGAUCUGCAAAGACAUCGAGGAGGUUCCCGUCGUGA